AGAAGCAGAGCGGAAGCCGAGGGGCAAUGAAUGGCGAAAGGAGUUUCCAGUUGGGCUGCCGCGCGUUCCGCUCGGACACCUGAGUCUCAGUGCGUUUUUCCUCUACUCAGAAGUCCACGUGCAUCCAUACCCCAGUUUACCAAUUCCCCCACGAUGGUGAUCAUGGUGGGUUUACCAGCUCGAGGCAAGACUUAUAUCUCCACGAAGCUCACACGAUAUCUCAACUGGAUAGGAACACCAACUAAAGUGUUUAAUUUAGGCCAGUAUCGACGAGAGGCAGUGAGCUACAAGAACUAUGAAUUCUUUCUUCCAGACAACAUGGAGGCCCUGCAAAUCAGGAAGCAGUGCGCCCUAGCAGCCCUGAAGGAUGUUCACAACUAUCUCAGCCGUGAAGAAGGUCAUGUCGCGGUUUUUGAUGCCACCAACACUACCAGAGAACGACGGUCACUGAUCCUGCAGUUUGCAAAAGAACAUGGUUACAAGGUGUUUUUCAUUGAGUCCAUUUGUAAUGACCCUGGCGUAAUUGCAGAAAACAUCAGGCAAGUGAAACUUGGCAGCCCUGAUUAUGUAGACUGUGACCGUGAAAAGGUUCUGGAAGACUUUCUAAAGAGAAUUGAGUGCUAUGAGGUCAACUACCAACCCUUGGAUGAGGAACUGGACAGCCACCUGUCCUACAUCAAGAUCUUCGACGUGGGCACACGCUACAUGGUGAACCGAGUGCAGGGUCACAUCCAGAGCCGCACAGUCUACUACCUCAUGAAUAUCCACGUCACACCUCGCUCCAUCUACCUAUGCCGGCAUGGUGAGAGUGAUCUCAACCUCAGAGGCCGCAUCGGAGGUGACUCUGGCCUCUCAGUUCGUGGCAAGCAGUAUGCCUAUGCCCUGGCCAACUUCAUUCAGUCCCAGGGCAUCAGCUCCCUGAAGGUGUGGACCAGUCACAUGAAGAGGACCAUCCAGACAGCUGAGGCCCUGGGUGUCCCCUAUGAGCAGUGGAAGGCCCUGAAUGAGAUUGAUGCGGGUGUCUGUGAGGAGAUGACCUAUGAAGAAAUCCAGGAACAUUACCCUGAAGAAUUUGCACUGCGAGACCAAGAUAAAUAUCGCUACCGCUAUCCCAAGGGAGAGUCCUAUGAGGAUCUGGUUCAGCGUCUGGAGCCAGUGAUAAUGGAGCUAGAACGACAGGAGAAUGUACUGGUGAUCUGCCACCAGGCCGUCAUGCGGUGCCUCCUGGCCUAUUUCCUGGAUAAAAGUUCAGAUGAGCUUCCAUAUCUCAAGUGCCCUCUGCACACAGUGCUCAAACUCACUCCUGUGGCUUAUGGCUGCAAAGUGGAGUCCAUCUACCUGAAUGUGGAAGCCGUGAACACACACCGGGAGAAGCCUGAGAGGGAGCAACCAGCACCCAGAAAUGUGGAAACCACAGCCCAGACCCAAGACACCAUGGAGAUGCAGGGCUGGGGCAAUUCCUGCCAAAAAGGCCUCAGCCCAGGCCUACCUAAGGAAUGUGGACAUCACCCGGGAACCUGAGGAAGCCCUGGAUACUGUCCCUGCCCACUACUGAGCCCUUUCCAAGAAAGUGUCCUCAUUGCCUUCCACCUUUAGGAAAUGCUAUCCUUGCUCUUCUCCUACUCUGCCUUGGCCUCACUGAGGUACUCCACUGCCAGUGAAGAAGUCCUCCGCAACUCCCAAACAAGCCUCACUUACUGGCCACAACUAAGGAGCUAUCUAGCUCUGGAUGAAACUUUCUUUCUUAAUUCCUAUUGUCUGACGAAUAAAGACUUACUGCCUACAAGAGGAGAGGAGAAGGUCAUGGCGAGGCUUAUCCAAUUUUUCUCAAGGUACUGAUCCUAAUCCUGACCCAGCUCUGCUGCUAUGAGGGCAUGGAACAGGUAAGGAUUUCCUGGAGGGAAAAGUUCUACAGUAGCACCUCCAAAGAUGGGGGAGAAGAUAGGUGCCUGUGAGUUCCUGUGGGCCUUGUUCCAGCAAGGUGGCUGUGGGCAUGACACUUUCAUCCUUACACUCAGAGAAGAAUCUGGCACUUGAGCCAAGUGCUCCUUUCUUCUCCAACUCUUGCUGCCAUCCUGAGUGAUUUCACUGUUUAUGUGAAUGAUCCAACCAAUACUCUGGCCUCACAGUCCCCUGACCCCCUCAACUCAUCUUCUCUCCUUCAACUACCUACUCCAUGGAUUUUGGUAUCAUCUCCCUGGUCUGAUUUCUUAAAUGCAAGCAUCCAACUGUCUGACCACUGCCCACCCACUACCCCAGUCCUUACAACUCUAUAUCAUCCACUGAAUCCCUAACA